CAUUAACUAAGAGAAGAAGAAGAUCAGUAGACUUUUAUGCUGGUAGCCUAUAUUUUCCAUAUUUUUUCACAUAGAUAUCAUGGCAACGUUGUUAAUUUAUUGAAAUGUUUUGCUCAUUGCGUAUCUGACCUCACAGCUGUCAUUGGGAAUUCAGUAAGGAGGUCAGUGGAUUCAUUUCAGGAUGUCUGACUCUGGCACAGAAUUAAAUCUACGCUCAGAGACUUUUAAACAGGGAUCAGCGAGUGAAGGUGGUUUUAAAAAACGAAUCGGUAUUAUUGCAACUUGUGUCGUCGGAGGGUCAUUGGUCGCUCUGUAUGCAGUCACCGGGCCGUUUAUUACACCAGCAUUGAGGAAAGUUUGUCUCCCAUUCGUACCUGCAACAAGGACACAAGUUGAAAACGUUCUAAAGGUUUUGAAAAAUAGAUCAGGGUCCCUGGUGGAUAUCGGUAGCGGAGAUGGACGGAUAGUUAUCGCUGCGGCAAAAAGAGGCUUCAAGGCAGUUGGCUUUGAGCUGAACCCAUGGCUGGUCUGGUACUCCCGCUACAAAGCCUGGAGGGAAGGUGUUCAUCACAGCACAUCUUUUUAUAUUUCAGACCUUUGGAAGGUCAGUUUUUCAGAGUAUUCCAACGUGGUCAUCUUUGGGGUUCCUCAAAUGAUGGAGCAGCUUGAAGUCAAGCUCCAAACAGAGCUCCAGAGUUCAGCUAAAGUAGUAGCUUGUCGCUUUCCAUUUCCCACUUGGACUCCUGAUGAUGUAGCUGGAGAAGGAAUUGACUCAGUGUGGGUUUACAAUGCCAAGACAUUCAAACCACACAUCAGAAAUGAUAAAGACAAUGUCAUAAGUCUUCAACAGCAAUGACCUAGGAAAACAAAUACUACUUUCUUUACAACAUUGACAAACAUUUCGUCUCUGUAAUGUCAUUGUAAAAUUCAGACUAUUUUGGUGUUCAUAAUAAAAUAUCCCUUUGUUUUUGUACAAAAGUAAUCUAUUCUUUCAGCUUUUUUAUUGUGACAAAGAAAAGGAUUUUAUAUAUAGAAAGAUUUAUUUACACACCACCAAAUAAACUUGGCUUUGUUGGGACAAACGCACCCAUACAAAACAUGAAUUACUACUAAAAAGUAGCUAAGAAAA